UAGAAGCUGUAUGGAUUGGAGGGCGGUCUGACAGAGAGGAGAAGAGACAGAAACUCAGCCCCAGAGGAGGAGCUGCUGUCCCGGGGCUGGUACCUGUGCUACAGCGGCUGACUCUCUGUGUGUUUACGCCAUUUCUCGUGCCGUGAUGAAGUCUCGUGGAGAGGCUGUGGGCUGGAGAGAAGUUCACGGACUCUGUCAAAGUUUCUGGUCCCCCUGCGAGGUGCAGGCUGCCUGCUGGAGAGGGGGAUUCAUCUGAAGACCACAAACACACAAACACUCGCUGGCUGAGUGUUCAUUUGGUCGGACAGAACCUUUUCAUAUUUUUGUACUUCUCUAGACCACGGCAAAAGGACCACCAAGAUGAGUCGAUGGCUCAAAUGCACCUCCAUGUACUUUAACACAGACUGGAAUAAGUAUGACGACAGGCUGAUGAAGGCAGUGGAGAGGAGGGAGGUGGACAAGGUCGCAGCAGUGCUUGGCAAGAAGAGCAUCAUCCCCACCAAACUUGACGUAGAGGGGCGCUCUGCGUUCCAUCUUGCUGCCUCCAGAGGACAUCUCGACUGCCUGAAUCUCAUUCUUAAUCAUGGUGUGGAUAUCACAGCCACAGAUGCCACAGGAAAAAAUGCCUUACACCUGGCAGCCAGAAAUGCCCAGUCACUGUGUGUGCAGAAACUACUCCAGCACAAUUGCCCAGUGGGAAAUGUGGACCUGCAGGGAAGAACAGCCUUGCAUGAUGCUGUUAUGGCUGGCUGCUCCUCCAGUGUGAAGCUGCUCUGUGACAACGGGGCAUUAGUUAAUGCCAGCGACUUUGAUGGUGGGACCCCAUUGGUGCUUGCCACUCAAAUGUGUCAUCCACACAUCUGUCAGCUGCUGUUAGAACGAGGAAGUGACAUCACAGUCAGAGACAAACAGAAAAAAACAGCAUUGAUUCUGGGCUGCGAGUAUGCUUGUAAGGAUGCUGUGGGCGUUUUGUUGAAACAUGACGCUGAUGUCACUGCUGUGGAUGGUUUUGGUCAUGACAGUUAUCACUAUGCACGACUCAGCAAAAACCAGGAGCUUGUCUCGCUUGUCAAGAGUUACCUGGACAGUGCCACUAAAGCAAAAGAGGCUGCCAAGAUGGAACAGAAAAAGAGACAGUUGCAAUCUGUGGAGAUGGUCUCUGAAACCUCUAACCGUGAUAAGAUCAUACAGGGUCUGGAAAAAAAGAAUGAGAGCCAACAGGUGACACUAAAGAAGUUCCAUCAGGAACAGAGAACGCUGCUCGAUAAAGUUAACAUGCUUCAGCAUCAACUCAGCCAGGAAAAGUCAACCGUGGAGGACAUUCACAAGGAGAGAGAAGAGCUGAAGCUUUUACUUUCUGUCAAAGAGAAGGAGGAAGGAGCCAGCGCUGUAGAGACUGUGAGAGUCCAGCAGCAGAGUCAUUUGGGAGAUUACCCUGGCCAGUCUGUGAUCAAAGGAAAAGACAAUGUAUUAGUGCGACAGUCACACAGCUUGGAUUCUGCUCAGAUAUUACAGCCUACAGGACCAUCUCGAUCUGUGGCUCGACCUUUGGAGCUGUCUCGGCCAGUGGCUGGUGAUCCUGAGACACUUCGUCAAGAGCUUGAAUGUGUCCGCAGACAGCAAGAGGUGGCACAAGGGGAGGUGGGCCGCCUCCAAAAGGCUCUAGCAUGCAAGUCUCAGGAGUGUGAGGAGCUGACCAGGAAGUGUGAGACUAUCAAACGUGAGUCGGAUCAGCAGAUACACGAGCUAGAGGAAGCCAUGGGAGAUGUGCAGAAGCGAAUGAUAGACUCUGAGACAAAGGUGAAACAGCUUCAGGCUCAUGUGGUGGCGGUAAAGGAGCAUCUCAAUAACCAAGUUGUUGAUGACCUCAAAGCACAGCUGAAUGAGGUGAAGGCAAAGUAUGAGGGUGCUUCUGCUGAGGUUGGGCGGGUCAGGAAUCAUUUAAAGCAGAGUGAGAAAGCUUUGGAGGAGUAUAAGAAAGGUGAAGGUCUGCUGGCUGUGGAGGUUGAGAGUCUCACUGCAGAGCUGAGUGCAAUGCGAGAGGACCAUAAAAACAUGGAGGCGACGCUCUUAAACAUGGAGGGUCAAGUGAAGACUGCAGAGGCCAGGUUGACAUCAGUGGUUCCAGGAGAGAAGUUUGACAACAUGAAGAACCUCCUUACCAAUGCUGUGGAUGAGAAGGAGCUACAGUUGUCUGAGUUAAGGGAGGAUUAUGACCGUGUGCUGGAGGAAGUGGCAGAGCUCCACCGUGCGAUGGACGACCGACAGUCCGUCCCCCUGCAAGAGCACGAGCGAGUCCGGGCUGCUCUGGAGGAGCAAAGCUCAACCCUGAAGAAGAAACUUGCUGAUGUCACUGCAAAGUGUCAGUCAUUAAUUUGCGAAGUGGAGGAAGGUGAGGAUGAGAGAGAACUGCUCAGAGAGGAGCUGCGGGAACUCAGCAACAAUCUGAAGACCAAGUUUGUGACCUCGGGAAACCAUGAGGAGGUGAAGAGGUCUAUGGGACUCGCUGUGGAGGAGUUGAGUGUUAGGUUAGCAGAGGAGACUGAGAAGAGAAAACAGGCUGAAGAGCAGCUACAGAGGCUGCAGGAGGAGAAGACCUCUCUUUGUGAGAACAUUGCCAACCUGAGGAGCAUGUACAUCCCCUGUGAACGUUAUGAGAGUGAGUUGGCUGCACUCACAGAACGCAACACAGAACUGGAAAGAGAUCUUAAUAGCCUUCAGGAUCAAUACCACGAGAAAGUCUCUGAACUUGGGAUUUUGGCAGCUGAAAAAGCAUUACUGAAGCAGAGCUUUGACAUUGAGUUUGUCACAAAGAAUGAGAAUGAGAGAGUGCAGACUGAGUUAAAUGAGGCUUUGGAGAAAGCAAAGAUCGAAAUCGCAAAGUUGGAGGAUGAUUGUAGAGUUCGGGAAGAGGAGUUACAGAAGGUGAAAGAAGGAAAUGCUAUGUUGAAAGAGGAGUUUGAGAAUGUGCAGGCCAAGUUAGAAAAUGACUAUAUCAGCCUUGUGGAACAUGAGAUAUUGAAAAGCACAAUGAGCAAAGCUUUAUCAGAAGCAGAGGGAAGAGCUCAAGAUGCCUACUCCAAGUACCAGUGUGCUCAAGAGAGCGCAUCAAAGCUCCACAAGGAAAUCGAAGCUCAGAAGAAAGAGUUGGAUACUAUUCAGGAGGCAUUGCAGUUGAAGUUUGUUCCGUUGACCGCUAUGGAGGAAAAAGAGAUGCAUUUCAACACUGCUCUGAAGGACUUGGCAGAAAAACUUGCCGAAAUGCAGGAGAUGUACAAUGACGAAAAGACCAAAGGGGAAUGCCAAAGGCAAGAGAACGAAAGAUUGAAGGAUGAGAUGGCAUUUCUGCAGCAGAAACUUCAGACAGGGCUUGUGUCCAGUGAGAAGUACAAAGAAGUGGAGGAUCGCUGCAAGGGCCAGGUGGAGGAGCUAAGUCUGAAAUUGGUGGAGCUGGAGCAGCAAUAUAAAGAGGUUACGAUCCAGCGGGCCGAACUAGAGGAGAAAAAUGCAUUGUGCAACUCUGAGAUCCAGAGUCUCCAAAAGAAACUGAAUAUUGAGUAUAUUCAUCUGGAGCAGUUCGAGGCCAUGCAGAGCUCUCUGAGUGGCAGCCUGCAGGAGGCGCAAAAGGAGUGCAAGUGCUUACGAGAAGCUCAUAGACUGGAAGUUCAGCGUGUUCAUGAACUAGAGAAACAGCUUCAGAGUCAGAGCUUCGAUGAGGCCCAGUAUAGCCAGGUUAAAGGGGCUCUGGAACGUGAGGUCAAUGAGCUUCGCAUGGCGCUGUGGGAGGAGGAAGAAACCAGUGCGCAGAGGGCUGAGGAUGUAGCCACUCUGCAGACUGAGCUUCUCAGAGCCACACAUGCUUUGGAUGAUCUCCACAGCCAUGAGGAGCAGGUGACCCAGCUCAGAGCAGAAAAGCACAAGCUGGAGGAGGAGGUGCGUGAACUUGGCAAUCGGCAAUCAGGACUGGAUGAGCAAUAUGAGGAUCUGUACAGGGAAACAACACGUGCUAGGGAGGGUGAGAAGAGGGCGAGAGCGGAAACCGAGUCCCUGCAGGUAAAGAGUGCCUCCAUUGAGAAGGAGAUCAGAGAUCUAAAAGAGAGAUAUGAGGAAUCAAUGAGCACCAUUGGAGAACUGCAGAAGAGGAUUCAGGUGUCCUCAGAGCAGACUGAGCUUAAAGACAAAAGGAUCACAGAACUGUUGGCAGAUGUUGAAAGGCUGAAACAGGCUCUGAAUGGCUUAUCCCAGCUGGCUUAUGCUGGCAACACACCCAACAAGAGACAGACUCAACACAUUGACACACUCCAAGCCCAGGUCAAGAGCCUCCAGCAGCAGCUGGCUGAUGCUGACAGGCAACAUAGAGAAGUGGUUUCAAUUUAUCGAACUCAUCUGCUCAGUGCAGCACAGGGUCACAUGGAUGAAGAUGUCCAAGCUGCCUUAUUGCAGAUCAUUCGAAUGAGACAUGGUUUUGUGUGUUGAACUCCGCACACUGAGACUACACUGACUCCAAUUCAUCAUUCACACAGUAACCUCCCAUUCAGCUCAGUGCAGUUUGAUACUGCUCUGGAGUACUUCGGUCGGAAAGUCACAUUUUGCAACAUUUGAUAUGCCCUGAUUAGGUUGAGUGAUGUAAGCACUAUCAAUGUAGAUCUGUAAUAUAGAUUUGCUUAGUGUCAGUACUAAAUAUAGCACUAGGGAUAGUUGAACCCAUCUAAAAACAUAAAUCAUAAACAUGAGAGGCAAUGGAUAAUGAUUUGAUCACAAAUAAGCAUAUUGGCUUAACUUGGUACGCAAUUGCUACAUGCUAUAGAGUCAAUGGAAAGUGCAGAAUGCUGUAAAGAUGUAAACUGCACAUUCAGCGAUUGAGUCUCAUGUACCCCUUAUUUCAUGUUGAAAUAUCCUAACUACAGUUUAAAGAAGAACAUUCCCUCCACUCUUAUAGUCUUGAUCUGAGCUACAUGUACAGUGUAUUGAGAGAUGCAUCCCUUUAGAGAUAUUUUAACGUUCUGUUCUCAGUCCACCAUUAUUAUAAUCUCUGCAAUGGUUACAGUAAGUUAGAGGUUAGAGGAAGCAGAUCUUUCAGCACUAGGGAAACUAGCUUCCAGGCAUUAGUGGAGUGGUGGGCACAGAGGCACAUCCUGGGCCCGACUAAGUUUUAUGAAAUGCCAGUGGCAUAGUUGUUGAAUAUCCUGCAGUACAGAAAGUAAUAAUAUUACGUGUAAGUUAAUGCACAUACAGUAUACAGUAAGAGCGUAAAUGCACAGCACUGUUACCACAGUAAAAAUCAUUUGCGCACAUUUGUUUUGAAGGGUCCCAGAAUUGUUAUGGUCCAAAGUCAUGACAAAAGAUCAGAGCACACCAUUGCAGCUUCAUCUUGCACUUAUCUUGUGCACUUUUGCCCAUAUCCGUAAACUGGAUCAUUUGUUCCAAAUGUGCGUGAUGUAUUCGAGUCAGUGGGUGUCUAUUGGGUUGGGUGAUUUAGGAUGGAGUAGUUCUUUUACUGAAGUGUUUAUGUAAAAUUGCUUUGCUUCUGCAGUGACAGCAACAGACUAUGUUUUAUGAAUGAUUGUAUGAGCAAAGCCUUUAACACUGAGGACUUUCAUAACACUCUAGCCCUCAUGGUCCUUUAUCCUGGCUGAUAUCGCCAUCUAGUGGUGUGACUUGGCUGGCCAAGUUUGAUGUGUGGUUUUGUUUUAAGAUAAUGUGAGCAUUUUGGAAUUCUCCCUUUUGAUGCUUCCCAAAUCUGAUAUAUCACCUUUUACAUGGCUUUGUACUACUUUUGAUUAAUAAACACCAUGUUUGUGGUAAAUAUUACAAAAUUCAGCAGGACUGGAAUGGAAAGGCACAAUAAUCGGUUCAGGUUUCCGAACAUGAUGGUAGACUUACAUACUUUAUAUUGUGUGAAUCUGUUUUUUUUUUUUUGAUCCUCUGAGUUUCCAAUCAAAUAUUCUAAAAUUAAUUGAGUUCCCAACCAUGGCUUUCCAGUAUCUAUUUUAAAAACACCACCGUAGUGCCAUUUGGUUUGAUUGGUAUUAACUGAUGCUAUUAGUUCUCUCUGCCGGGAUGACUAAUUGUAACGGUUUCAUUAUUUAUUAGUAUUACUUUCUAACUGUGCUCUUACGAUUAUCAGUUAGUCUGUGAUUUUCCUUGGACAUUUUCUCUCCCUUUUUUUUUGGUGAAAUUUUGAGUCUAACAUCAAUAAAAGUGCCUCUUUUAGACUAAACUGGCUCUGUGCAAAUGAAAAAGAUUAAUCCCAGCAGUCUCAGAGUGUCAUGAAGUGAACCUUGCCUUUGGCAGGCCUUUCCAGCCCCUCUCACUCUCCUUGAAGUGAACGCACAUGUUGUUACUUUAAAUCCAAUGAAAUCUAGAUUGAGGGCUCUUUUUUUUUCCUCAUGUGGUUUGCAUUGAUUUGUACCUUAGUGUUUAACUUGCUUUUAAAACAAAAUGAGAUUUACAAAUACAAAGAAAAGACAGUAUUUUUCUUCCCAUAAAGGUCAUAGUUUUUAUUCGUAUUACUAUUUUAAGGGAUGAGUAAAAACUGUAAUCCUUAAACAAAAUCAAUGUUGUUUUUCUAUCUU